AUGGAACGAUUCUUUAAAAGAAAAUUAUCUACGGAUAGUUCUUCUCCGUCUAAUCCGGGUAGUUCAAAUGCAAGACCAAUUGAAGUAGAUGAGAUCUUAGCUAAUCUUCAGGCAGACCCUGGACUAAGAACUCGAAUGGCGGAUUAUAGUCCUAAUAUUCGGGAUGAGAUCCGAAGAGCAUAUCUACAAAAGGGACCUUGUCAACCUAGAAGUUAUAAAUUCCCACAAACUAAUCAAUCAGGAAUUAAUAGACGCUUCAUUGCUCAUUGGUUUGAUGAUCAUGAUUGGUUGGAAUAUAGUAUUGCUAAAGAUGCUGCGUUUUGUCUUCAUUGUUAUCUCUUCAAAUCUAAUUUUGAUCAAGUGGGUGGUGAUGCAUUCACUGGGGUAGGCUUCAAUAAUUGGAAGAAGGCGAAAGAAAGAUUUAACCUUCAUAUUGGACCGGUAUUUGUUGCGGCAAGGCUUUCUUUUCGUGGUCAUGAUGAAAGUGCACAAUCAAGUAAUAAAGGGAAUUAUUUAGAGCUCUUGCAAUUUCUUGCGGAUCAUGAUGAAAAAGUUAAGGCCGUUGUGUUGGAAAAUGCUCCGGGAAAUUUAAAGUUAAUAGCUCCUUCAAUUCAAAAAGAUCUUGUCAAUUCUUGUGCUAAAGAAACCAUUGAUCUUAUCUUGAGUGAUGUAAAAGAUAGAUAUUUUUCAAUAAUGGUGGAUGAAGCACGUGAUGUUUCAAUAAAGGAGCAAAUGGCGAUGGUGUUGCGUUAUGUGAAUGACAAAGGACAAAUAAUUGAAAGGUUUGUGGGGGUUCAACAUGUAACCGACACUACUUCAAGUGCACUAAAGGAAGCAAUUGAUGAAUUCUUUUCUUCCGUGAAUUUGAGCUUUUCCAAGCUACGAGGACAAGGUUAUGAUGGAGCUAGUAAUAUGAGAGCUCUUGUUGCGGUAGCAAAGAAAAACAUUGAUGUCAACUCUUUUUUCACAACGGCUAAUAGUUUGGUUAAUGUUGUUGGAGCAUCUUGUAAGCGUCGCGAUGCACUUAGAGCACAAUACCAAGAAGAGCUUGUGAGAGCUUUUGAAGAUGAUUGUCUUAUAACAGGGCGGGGCUUAAAUCAAGAAAGGACUCUCAAACGUGCCGGCGAUACACGAUGGAACUCACAUUAUGGUACGUUGAUUAGUAUCAUUUCUAUGUUCCCAUCUGUGGUGAAUGUGCUUCAAAUGAUUGUUGAUGAUAAUCCUAAUGAUAGUUCGGGUGAAGCCUAUAAGUUAUGGAGAGAAAUACAAUCUUUUGAGUUUGUGUUUCACUUAUUUGUAAUGAAAGCUAUAUUGGGAAUAACAAACACUUUGUCUCUAGCAUUGCAAAAGAAAGAUCAAGACAUUGUGAGUGCAAUGAAUUUAGUGAAAACAUGCAAGGAAAACCUGCAGUUGAUGAGGGAUAAUGAGUUUGAAGAAUUGGUUGAGCAAGCAUCCUCGUUUUGUUACAAACAUGAUAUUAUAGUUCCUACCAUGGAUGAGGAAUAUGUAAUUCCAGGGAGAUCACGGCAUAAUGCUCCAAUGAAGACAAAUUAUCAUCGUUAUCGUGUGGAGAUCUUUAUUCAUGUAAUUGAUGGGCAACUUGCGAAAUUAAAUGAUCGCUUCAACGAGAGACUUAUUGAUGCUUGA